CCGAGUAAAGAAGUAGAACAGAAUGAUCUUUUAUCAACUGACGAAGAGAAAGAUAUUGGCACGGUUAUAGUUGAAUCCAAAGAGUCGAGUUCAAUAGAAGAGAAGUCUGAAGAAGAACAGGAACAAAUUCAGGAAGGUUCAAGUUCAAAGAAGGCUUCUCCUUCAAAUCAAAAAUUCCUCACUAGUCUUAAAAGUUUCAAUAUUGACAAAACAAAAUAUAGGCAUUAUGGUCACCAAUCUCUGAUGAAUGAACAAUCGUUAUCUAAGAUAAUCAAUGAAUCACUGGUCAAACAAGAAUUUGAUUCAGAGAACAAUUCACCAAUUUCAAGCAAUAGAAUAAUUAUAGAUGAGAAAAUAUCACAAAUUCUUGGAUUGCCUGAACAAAUUGUUGAAGAAGAAUCAUUCUGGCCCUAUAAUGUUGAUACUCUCAAUGAAAUUCUUCGAUUUAAAGUAGAACAGGAAAGAACCAGACAAGAAUCAAUAAAAAAUGAAUUUGGAACUACUGCUGUUGAACUUUUGAAGUUGGCUAAAUCAAUGAAUAUUAGUGGAGAUUUGAUACCCUUUUUAUUUAUCUCCAGUGGUCUUACAUCCGAUAGCUUAAAGGUUAAGAUUAAUAAGUUGAAAUCCGAGCCACAAGAAGUCAUAAAUGAAAUAACCCAGAAAUCAAGUGAAUAUAUUCCAGAGGUGUCAAGGAUAAGUUCAUUAAUGUCUCUGAACGCAGAAUCUUCUUUAGAAUCUGCAGCAACUACCAUGUCAACAUAUGCUUCAUCAGUAGGUUCUAAAAGAAAAUUCUCUGAUACCCAAUUACCGUCAUUUUCUGAAACUGCUGAAAGUAUUAAAGGGACAAGUCAAAGUAAUUUUGUUUCUCCUACCAUUAGAUCUCCGAACAGACUGCCCAGUUCUUCACAUAAGAGGGGAGACUCAGACUCUAGUGAUAUUAAACUUGGAACUGGACCUGGGACUGGAACCGGAACAGGAACAGGAUCUGCUGCAUCACCUGUAACUGUGCCUUUACCACUACCACCCACAGGUUAUGCUGCUGUAAACAGUCACCAACAACCUCAACCACAAUCACAGCAACACCUGAAACCACAUCUGCCUAAUUUGCAACCACCAUUACCAGUUCAAGGAAAUGUAUACCCUGUUUAUUAUACCCCACAACCAACAACUUCGACAGGGAAGGGUCUAGGAUCACCAUAUUCACAUAAAUAUCAACCUGUAAUGUACCCAGGUCCUCCACAACCGCCUCCAAACCAAUUCCAACCAAAUUAUAUCACACAACCCCCACCAGGACAACCUUAUCAAUAUUUUAUACCAUCACCUCCCAAUAAUGGUCAAUAUAUACUUCAGGCUCCAUCAAUGGUGAGGAUACCAACUCAACAGACUGGGCCGAAUGUACAACCACCACCACCUUCACAGCAAAUUCCACCACAUCGCCAAGACCAGCAACCAGUUCCAUCUCAUCAAUUUCAAAGUCCUCCAGAACUGGGUGGUGGAAGGAGUGUACCUAUUUUCAAACCAGCUGAGAUGUUUGAAGAAACGAGUCCGUACAAGAAACAAAAGUCGGCAGGUAAGAGUCAAAGCAUAAAUUUCAUGAUUACAACACCUAAGAAUCCUCCGGCACGAAAGUACAAUAAUCCUCAUAAGGAGAAAUAGUACUUGACGUAAUUGUCAAAACGGUAUGAUUUCGUAAAGAGUCUCAGAAUUUUUUUCUUUUUCAUUAUAACCCAUGGUUAUCACUUUUUAGUUCAAUUUGUAACAUAAUAUAUUAGCUCUAUUGUAGU